AUGGUCAAGGCGAAGAAGUUGUUACUCAAGUACGCCAAUGUUUUCUCGUCAAACGAAGCUGACAUAGGAAAGACUGGCUUAGUUCAACACAAAAUAAACACAGGACAAGAAUUGCCUAUUCGUCAGCGGCCAAGAAGAUUGCCUGUAGCACGUGAAAAGGAAGUGGAAACCAUGAUUGAGGGAAUGGUGAAGGGUGAUGUUAUUGAACCUUCAUCUAGUCCAUGGUGUUCACCUGUGGUGCUGGUAAAGAAGAAGGACGGCAGCAUGGGGUUUUGUGUUGACUACCGCCGCCUGAACGACGUUACAAAGAAGGACAGCUAUCCCUUGCCAAGAAUUGAUGACACGCUGGACAUGCUUACAGGUGUAAAGUGGUUUAGUACGCUGGAUCUGAAAAGUGGCUACUGGCAGGUUGAAAUUGACCCUAAGGACAAGGAGAAAACUGCAUUCUCCACAGGAAAGGGUCUGUGGCAAUUUAAAGUCAUGCCGUUUGGAUUGUGCAAUGCUCCAGCAACGUUUGAAAGGUUGAUGGAGCUUGUACUUACCGGGCUAAUUGGAGAUGCCUGUCUCGUCUAUUUGGAUGACAUCAUCAUCGUAGGCCGUACGUUUGAGGAACACCUUCAAAACCUGGAACGCGUGCUCAUGAAGAUCCAGAGUGCCAACCUCAAGUUGAGUCCAAAGAAGUGCUCACUAUUCAAACGGCAAGUUAGGUUUUUGGGGUAUGUAGUGUCGGAAGAAGGUAUCCGCACGGAUCCAGAAAAAAAUGCCGCUGUCAAGGAGUGGCCGGUUCCAAAAGACAAGACACAGGAGCUCAAGAACCGUCUGUGCAAAACACCUAUUUUGGGGUACCCUGAUGCGGGCAAGGAAUUCAUAGUUGACACAGACGCAAGUGAUAUAGGACUUGGCGGUGUGUUGUCUCAACGGAAUGGUGACCAAGAGAUUGUGAUAGCGUACUUUAGCAAGUCAUUGUCAAAGCCGGAAAGGAACUACUGUGUCACAAGACGCGAAUUGCUUGCUGUGGUAAAGUCUUUGCAGCAUUUUAGCAAAUAUCUUCUAGGGCGGAAAUUCCACUUACGAACUGACCAUGCUGCACUGAAAUGGCUAUUGCAGUUCAAAAAUCCGGAAGGACAAGUUGCGAGAUGGAUUGAACUACUGCAGGAAUACGACUUUGUGAUCGAACAUCGCAGCGGGAAAUCUCAUGGCAAUGCAGAUGCAUUGUCAAGAAGACCUUGCCCUGAAGAUUGCAAGCAUUGUACUAGGCAAGAGGGUAAGGAAGUGGUAUCUGUGAGGAUGCUUAGGACAGACCAGCUCAGCAAUGAGUGGAAGGACAGCCUACAACAUGCACAGCAGGAAGAUUCGGAUAUUAAGCCGAUUCUGGAAUGGAUGAAGGCCAGUGCUCCUAAGCCCAAGUGGAGCGAUGUCUCAGCAAUGAGUUCGACCACGAAAAGCUAUUGGGCCCAAUGGGACAGCUUGCUGAUUCAGGAUGGAGUCCUGUGCCGUAAAUGGGAAAAUGGUCGGGGAGCCAGUUGUCAUUUGCAAAUGGUUGUCCCUAAGGCUAAAGUACCGGAUGUUCUACAGCUGUACCAUAGUGGUUGUUCAGGAGGCCACCUGGGAGUUAAACGAACUCUACUGAAAAUCCGAGAACGGUUUUACUGGGUCCACUGUCGUGACGAUGUCGAGGACUGGUGCCGCAAAUGUACAAGUUGUGCGGCUGUAAAGGGACCUCAAAUUCGUAGUAGAGGCGCAUUGAAAUUGUACAAUGUUGGUGCACCAUGGGAGAGGAUAGCCAUUGACGUUGCGGGGCCGUUUCCGGAAAGUGAAAGUGGUAACAAGUAUUUCAUGGUUGUGAUGGAUUACUUCACUAAGUGGCCAGAAGUCUUCGCCAUUCCAAAUCAAGAAGCUUCAACAAUUGCAGAUAAACUAGUUCAUGAAGUCUUCUGUCGUUUUGGAGUACCUUUAGAAAUUCACAGCGAUCAAGGAAGGAAUUUCGAGUCUCAAAUAUUCCAGGAAACUUGCAGAGUUAUGGGUACUCAUAAAACAUGA